AGCAUGUGCGCACCACAUACGUUCACCACGUUUUUUGCGUCAUUUGCCAAAGGUGCUGUUCUACAAAAACCUCGCAUUUUUGAAGAAACAAAAUGUUGUCAGUUCAAACUUUGAGUAAGACAAGGCCUUUGAUUGUUGGAGUCAUCGGAAACCAAACAAGAAACAAAUAUACUACAAUUGUUUGCACACCUCCAAGGAACAGAAUACCCUUGCCUGAGAAAGUAGCACAUGGAGUUGCUAUUUUCCUUUCAAUAUUUACAUUUCCAAUGUGGAUUGCAGCUAACAUCAAAAACUACAAGCAGACAAAAUAAAUAAUUAUUGAAAUUUUUAAAAUGUAGUUUCUUAAGAGUGCUCAUGUUUUUAUUUAUCGACGAAGGGUUGUAUAGCCGAAGAAUAUAGUAUUUCAAA